CUCAUCGUGGUUCACUGAAUGAUGUGAUUUGGCCACACGAGAUGAGCCAACAUUCUGUUCAUGGAUGUCCUGCAUGCCGCUACAUCCCGCAGAGCCGUCCUGCCCUCCAUGUAACCGCGGCCAAAUGAAUGGCCAGCGUUGCGAUUGCCUGUGCAGGCCCGAGAGCUGGCCAGCGGCACCACGGCCAAUCAGAAGCCCGAGAUGUCCAACUGGGCGCCUACCUCAUACUGCGAACUGCAUCGUCCAGCCAAACAUCGCGAGGCCUAGCCGUGACCCAUGAACUCAAAGCCGCCGCGUGAUGAUUCGGCCCUAGUCAUAUAAUGAAGCUACCUGCUCCUGCCGCGCCAUUGCCCUCCUGCUUGUUUCGUGUUUUCAGA